ACGCUGCGCUGCGCAUGCCCUUUCCUUUCCAGCUCCGGCCCCGGACGCAACAGCCGUCGCGAUGUUGAUGCCCAAGAAGAACCGUAUUGCCAUUUAUGAACUCCUUUUUAAGGAGGGAGUGAUGGUGGCCAAGAAGGAUGUCCACAUGCCCAAGCACCCCGAACUGGCAGACAAGAACGUGCCCAACCUUCACGUCAUGAAGGCCAUGCAGUCUCUCAAAUCACGAGGCUACGUGAAAGAACAGUUUGCCUGGAGACAUUUCUAUUGGUACCUUACUAACGAGGGUAUCCAGUAUCUCCGUGAUUACCUCCACCUGCCUCCUGAGAUCGUACCUGCCACCCUGCGUCGCAGUCGUCCUGAGACUGGCAGGCCACGGCCUAAAGGUCUGGAGGGAGAACGACCUGCAAGACUCACACGAGGGGAAGCCGACAGAGACACCUACAGACGAAGUGCUGUGCCCCCUGGUGCUGACAAGAAAGCCGAGGCCGGGGCCGGGUCAGCAACCGAAUUCCAGUUUAGAGGCGGAUUUGGUCGUGGACGUGGUCAGCCACCUCAGUAGAGUUGGAAGAGAUAGUUUUGUGUUGAAUAAACCUGUAGCCAGAAAAGAUUAA